AUGCCUGGCGCAAGCUUCCGAGUUUUGGGCGAUGGUGCCCCUAGACCGAAGUGGAUUCCAAAGCUAAAUUGUCCACCAGCUCGUGUGGUUGGCCGUGACGAGAUUCGGGAUAGUUCUGAAACUACGUCUACCCCGUUCGUUGAUGCCAACGACUGUAAAGUUCAUGUGCCGGUGCACCAGAAGCGCAAGGUUCAGUAUCGGCCUGCAGGUCCUUUACAGCCCAAAGUCAUGAAAACUGACCAAGAUGUCGUGCAGCAGAUUCGCUUGCCCUCGACUCGAAACGACAGCAAUUCCCAAUUGUGGGUUCCUGAGGCCGAGUCCUUGCGUCAGUUCCUGAUGGCAAAAUUGGCAAGUUUCUCGUUGUACCGUGGAAAACCGGCGUGUUCAGCAGCGCUUAGCGAAUGUGCACAACUGCUACAUGCAUGCGGUGUGGGUAUUGCUGAUUUGGGACCUUUCAGUCUGCUCUCUGCUCGUUCGAAUGGUGACGCCAAGAUGGUCCAGUUCAUGGUGAUGGAAUCCCGUGUGGAGUUUGAAAGUCCGCACGGUCAUGGGCGCAAAGAGCACAAGUUGGACCUUCCUGCUUCUUUCCAGCACGACCACAAGUACAUUGACAAAAAUUCGUGUUUUGGUCGCCAGUUCUAUCGGAACGUUUGCUCAACACCGUGGUCUCAACAAGUUGGUCUUGCCAAUCGUCCUGUGGAUAGUGUCAAAGUUCAUGAACUGUGCUAUUUGGGCUGGGAGAACCACAACUUGAGAGCCUUGUCAGCAGGGGCUUUCGUGAGUGUUGUCUUCGCUCGUUCAGUUCGUGAAGCUCAGCUGGCAGACAGUUUGUUGCGGUUGUGUCGCACUGAACAUUUGGACAUCGAGAGUGCCGCUUUCAACCGGUGGUUCCAAAAGUACGGAGACAAUCCAAUCGACAAGGACGGCAAGAACAAAGCAGUGCAGGAAUCGGCUACAGAAGCGUUGAGUGUUAUCCGAAAAUUUCAUGCCCCGCCGUGUUCAUCGUCUGAUGCUCAUGAAGUUGCAGAGCUCCGAAAAAGGGUGAAAGAGCUUGAAGCAGAAAAGGCUGCUUCUCGAAAGUCGUCUCCCUCGCGCUCGCCUGCCCCGCCGACCAGCAAGCGUCUUCGCCGAGGUGGUAACAACUUGCCCGUUGAGCACGUGACUUCGUCACCCCUUGUGAAGAACGACUCGGGAGUCAAGCCUUUGAGAGAAAACUACCCCGCCACCGUCACCGCCCAGGGCGUCAAUGCUUGGAUCCGGAAGUUGCCCAAGAAGAAAGAAGCGUCCAUCAAAACGGCCAUCAAAGACGCGGAGCAAGUUUUCAAACAGUUGUCGGAACCGCAGUUGGCAAGCCUCCCGGACGUUGCUGCUGAGUGGGGUUUGAGUGUAGAGCAAGCUUCUUCUGCAAAGGACAAGGAGUUGAUCCGCAUCAUUGCGGCAGCUCAUGUUCUCGCUAGAGACCACGUUACCGUCCAGAAAGUAGAGAAGAAGCAUGCAGCUGCUGCCCAAAGGUACAAGGACAUUUCUGUGCAAGAGGUUGGCAAGUGGGCUGAGCACCACCAUUUACCAGUCAACGAGGUCGUACAGCAGUGGUUGCAAUUUCUGAGCGUUGAGUUUCGUGCACAUGUCAAAGCUGUGUCUGGACGAUUCUCCGUGUCUGACGUUCUCAGGGCGGCCCAAGAGAUGGAGGACCUUGUUGUUCACUCUCGAGACCACGCUUACAACCAAAUCAUGGUUUUCUGUCCGCAGUUGUACCGUUCCGCAGUGUUGAGUACGUUUGAGGACAAGGACGUGUACUGUGAACUUGCAGGUCAUCCUUAUUCCAUUGCGCAGUCUGCUUUUGAUGCCAUACCUUGUCAGUUGAAAUCUCGGUACGCGUGGGGUAUCAAAGAGACCUACGUGCUACCCAAGGCCUAUGUGUUUUUGAAAAAGAAAAAAGAUUUCAAGCAGGCUCGGUCAAUCAUCAACUUUCGCGGGUCGUGUUUGAGUCGGUUGUGCAAGAUUGUGGCUUGCGUGCUGAAUGAAGUCUGUCAUGUUGCUUUCCCUGCGAACUUUGGCAAACUGAAGCUGCACGAGUUGUGGUCUUCGCUUCAUGGCUUUCUCGACCGCUUGUCUCAUGCUAAAGCGCAAGAGUAUGUGACGGUCAAUGACGAUCUCGCUGGAUUUUUCACUUCUAUCCCAGUGUCACGCUUAAAGCGUGCUUGCGAACUCGCGUUGGACAGGUUUUUUGACAACAAGCAGUCAGGCGGGAAAAACCGAGGAGAGUUUUGGUUCACCGUCGAUGAAAAGUCAGCUUCUUCAUAUGGACGUGUCCUACGUGGAAAGCCUAUGAAAAACAGAGCAUCGGCUUGUCGAAAAGUUUUUGCGGGUGACGUGUUGAGGAUCAUCGAGCUCUCCUUUUCGUUUGCAUCUUUCACAGUGCUUGGCCGAUGCUUUGCCCAGAGGAGAGGCAGCCCAAUAGGCAAUCAGCUGUCACCAAGUUUGUGCAACUUCGCGGUCUGCAUGGAGGAAGAUUGUUGGGUCCGGGGGUUGAGGCAAUGCUGGGCUUCUGAUCGCUUGGCUUGUUGGUUUCUCCGGUAUGUCGACAAUCGCUUUCUGCUGUUUCCUCGAACGUGCUUGAAAGGCGAUGCUUUUCAAAAGUUGGUGAUGCCUACCUUCUAUGGGCCUCCGGUAAUGCUCGAAGCAUGUAACGUGGAGGAGUUGUUGGGAUGUCGGGUGUCUGUGCAUGAUCGCCGUGUAACGUUUGACAUUCCUGAAGAAAACUGGCAGUACAGAGUGUAUCCAAAACAGGAUGUGCCAGCUCAAAUUCGUGCACUUUCCCACAAAUAUUUGGUCGUUACAAAUCUACUCGUGUUGACUGCCAUCCUGGUCCUGGAAGGGCCUGUCUUGAACGAGUGUUGGCGCUGGCUGUAA